GGGGCGUGGUAGUGUUCAGUAGUACUGUUGUGCUGCUCUUCUUCAUCCUGGUCAUCUUCUGCUUCUUCAUUCAUUCAAAUUGUGUCGUGGCAGGUGCCGUGCUACUCGUGUUGAUGGUUGUUAUUGUUUUAUAUAUAGUAUGACAAAAACCACAGAAAGUGAUUAAACCUAUUCAUGAAAAUGUCAAAUGUCAAAUGUUCGCUCUAAAACUAUGUAAUCUAAACUAGCUGUAAUGCCGCGCGUGGUGCGUCACUGUCAUCUUUCAGACUAUAUUUUAUGCAAAUGAUAUGAUUUGAGAAAUUUUAAGAUGUGUGAAAUAUUUCCGGAAGUAGAAAAAUGCUGUCUAGGAAUAUCACUACGAGUUGGAAUGAUGCUUAUCUCAAUUAUUUCUAUAAUGUCGGGCGUAAUCUUUUUAAGUGUAUUAGAAAAGAAAUCAAAUAUAAAUUACGGUAAAGCUCAAGGUGUUACCAAUAUUCAAGCGACUGAUCAAGUAAUGUCAGCAACAAGUGUCCUCAUACCUACCGGUAUGGUCAUCGUGUCCUUAAUAUUUAUGUUCACAGGAGUCGUGCUUUUCUUUGCUACUUUAGCGGAUGACGAAGGAUUAGUUCAAGUGUUCGUCUGGCUGACAUUUCUUGGGGUACUAAUUGGCUUCAUAAUGGUUCUGAUGACCGCGUGCGAAUGUCUCUUAAAGCCAGCCUGUAUACUAUCUGACUUUGACUGGCUAUCGGGAUCUGCUUUGCUGGUGCUAGUCAUUGCUUAUCUGUUUUUGUGGAUAUACUUCAUAACCGUAGCGAACAGCUACGUUAUCCAGAAUACUGCUUGACUGAGCAAAACCAACACGAAAAUCAUCCGAUAUUGCUUUUGUGACGAAUUUUAUAGGAAAUAUAAUCUGUUACAGAUGUCCUGAGUUUUAUUACAAUAGACUUAUAAAGACUUUAUACUCUAUAACUCGUUCCUUG